CAAUAGUAUAGUAUAGCAUCGGGAUUUAGGAAUAUAGUUUGGGGAUAAAAGCAAUAAUAGAUGCAGCAUACAGGUAAGAGGUUCAAUAAAUAGUUACGAAAGUGGUUAUGAAGUUAGGUAUUUGUGGUUAAGGCUUAAGGAAAGGUAAUGUGAGCCAUCCGUUUCACCUGGGCUGAAGUUGGAUUUAUAAAAAACUGGACUUCUAGGUGCUAGCCCUGUAAUCCCAUGAAAUCAGACGCCCAAAAAUUAAAUAAAGGCCCAAAAUGUCACACAAAAAAAACCGGCUUGUGAAAGAGAAAGAAAUCGGAACUCAUCGUCGUUCAUUCCUUCUCCUUCUUCUUGUGCGGAAGAAUGAGCACUGCCGGUGGUGGAAGCUCGUCGAAACCAAGAGCUGCUUCUUCUCAACCUUCCGAAACUUCUUCAAAGCGCAAAAGAGGAGUUUUCCAGAAAGAACUGCAGCAUAUGAUGUACGGCUUUGGAGAUGAUCCCAAUCCUCUUCCUGAAAGUGUGGCGCUUAUGGAGGAUAUUAUUGUGGAAUAUGUCACGGAAUUGGUACAUAAAGCUCAAGAUAUUGGAUCACAGAGAGGGAAACUAUCAGUUGAGGAUUUCCUUUAUUUGAUUCGCAAGGAUUUGCCAAAACUUAAUCGAUGUACAGAAUUGUUAUCUAUGAAUGAAGAGCUGAAACAGGCAAGAAAGGUUUUUGAAUCAGAUGAAGAGAAACUGAGGAAGGUUUUUGAAGUGGACAACCAGUUGAAUGAUGAAUGAGAAAAAGAUCAUUGAAUUGCACCGAAUACACGAUUCCUGUUCUGACAUCUCUGGAUCAAAUUUUGGAAUUUGAGUAUGUCUUACAUUUGAAAAUAGCCAAC